UGUAUAUACGGACUCUGGUUUUGACCAAUUAUACGGUCGAUUUAUGACAAACUUACGUUUAUGUCGACUUUUAUAUUUGUAAAGGCUUUUCUUUUCAGACUAACCGUUGGUGGGGUAAAUUAGGAAUUCAUAAGUUCGUAUGACGGGCACGAACCACACACAAACAGACUGAAUACAUGACCUUUGAAUUGCUGAGUCAUUAUACGAGUCGGCAUGAUUAGGCAAAAUUUACAAUACUAGCUACAGACUGAAAGAUUACGAAUUUAGCUGCUUACUAAUUCAAUUUCGUUUCUUUAGGAUUUAGUUUGUUAAUAAACGUUAUUUUGUUUUGUAUUCUGCCUGAAAAAGAAGCUUUAAAGCGAUAACAACUAAUAAUCAUGGCGGGAACGGCAGAUAUUGCACUGAUUGGAUUGGCUGUUAUGGGUCAAAACAUUAUUCUGAACAUGAAUGACCAUGGCUUUGUGGUGUGUGCGUUCAAUCGCACUGUUGAAAAAGUUGAGCGUUUCUUGGCUAAUGAAGCGAAAGGAACGAAAAUAAUUGGUGGAACUUCAUUGGAAGAUAUGGUGGCUAAACUUAAGAAACCAAGGAGAGUUAUGAUGCUUGUGAAGGCUGGAGCGGCUGUGGAUGCUUUCAUUGAUAAAUUGGUUCCUCUUCUGGAGCCAGGAGAUAUCAUUAUUGAUGGAGGGAACUCAGAAUACAUCGAUUCCAUUCGGAGAUGUAAGAGUUUGGAGGAAAAGGGACUUCUCUUCGUUGGAUCAGGGGUGUCUGGGGGUGAAGAUGGGGCAAGAUAUGGACCCUCACUCAUGCCGGGAGGGUCACCUAAGGCAUGGCCUCACAUUAAAGAUAUCUUCCAAGGAAUUGCUGCAAAAGCAGAUGGUGAACCUUGCUGUGAUUGGUUUUCAGGUGAGUCUGUGUUUGCACGCUGUUUAUCUGCAUUGAAAGAUGAGAGGGUAGUGGCUUCAAAACAACUUGAUGGACCAACAAUUUCAUUCACUGGAAAUAAAACUGCUUUCUUGGAAGAUUUAAAGCAGGCACUUUAUGCUGCAAAGAUCAUUUCUUAUGCUCAAGGCUUCAUGUUAAUGAGAGAAGCAGCAAAGGAAUUGAAAUGGAAACUUAAUUAUGGAGGAAUUGCCUUGAUGUGGAGAGGGGGUUGUAUUAUAAGAAGUGCUUUUCUGGGGAAAAUAAAGACAGCUUUUGACAAAAACCCUGAUCUCACUAAUUUGUUGAUGGAUGAUUUUUUCAAAGAUGCAAUCACUAAAGCACAGCCUGGUUGGAGACGUGUGGUUGCAUCAGCUGUGACAAAUGGCAUUCCUACGCCUUGUUUAAGCACAGCACUUUCAUUCUAUGAUGGGUAUAGGUUGGAAAAACUGCCUGCAAACUUAAUUCAGGCGCAAAGAGAUUACUUUGGUGCACACACAUAUGAGUUGCUGAGUGAUCCAGGAAAACAUCAUCACACUAACUGGACUGGACAUGGAGGGGAAAUAUCAUCUUCAUCAUACAAUGCUUAACAUUACCUAAUAUUCAACACAUAAAGCAGCAGCUAUGCAGAUUUCCCAAAAGAUUGUUUCAAGCUACAACUAAACAGCACAUAGAAUUUUUGUUAAUUUGCGUAGGUGUUUUUUACAUGCACUAAAACUGUUAAUUACGAUUUUGGUACUUUUGUUGUGAAAUACCUGCAGUUGCAUAUCUUUGUGGGCCAAGUUCCAUUGUAUUAUUGUUGCAAUCUUUUUCUAUAUAUUCAGUUACAUACUCUUGCAUUAAUUUAGGUGUAGUAAUAACACUAUGUAUUCUAACCUUCGCAGAUCAGUGUAGAUUUAUUAAUACACACAUAUACAAUA